AUGUACAUCUGCACCUUCAUCGCGGCCCUCAUGUGGGUGUGGUACCUGUGGCGAAGCACCACCAGAGAAGGCGAAGUGCCGCUGGGACUUCUCGUCAGCAUCUGGUUCACCACGGGCACGCUUAGCGUCGGAAUGUGUUCGCUGUGCAAUUGGGCCAUGGUACAGCUAUGGGCCUGGCUCGAUCCCCUUUGCUACAUUACAUACCCAGCAGACAACUGGCCAUGGGAAUACACCUCCACCAGGUGUAUCAUGACCAAUGCAGUGCAGUGGGUUCUGACCGCUGGAAUCAUCGAGGAGAGCUUCAAGUUCGCCUCUCUACUCAGAUUGCGGCCGUCGCCUUCGAAGGUGUUGCAAGGCGUCGCUGGCUGCAGGUGUAGGUUGCCUGGCCUUCCCAAAGCAUGGUACAUGCGGCUGGCUGAUUCGCCCCUGGCUGUAGCACUGUGCGGAGUUGCAGCAGGAGGAGGACUGGCGACGACCGAGAAUUUUAUGUACAUCUUUAGUACAGAAAGCAUUGACAAAGCUUUCAGAGAGGGAGACCUGGAAUCGGCGUAUGGUCGAAUCGCGGCAUCCUUCGCCCAUAUGGUGUGGACAGGCUAUGCUGCUUGUGGCCUGGCGAAGUGGCAGUUCCUGCCCGAGGGGGACCCUGCCAGGCCCCGAAGUCGCGUUCAGUUUCUACUUCCUCCGAUAUUUUUGCACGGCCUGUACAACUGGUGCUCUACUCUCCAGCGCUGCGAAGCCUACGAGGAGACGUACCAGGGACAGCUGUACAAAAGCGAUGGCUGCUACCUGCCGCCAACAUGGCGAAUGGUUUUCAAAGCAGCACACACCGUGCGGAGCCAAGCCAACACAAAUCUUCCUUUCUCGUCGCACUGUAUGUGCAACAACGACACUUGUUGCGGGUUGCCGGUUGUUCGUGGUGGUUGUGGUGGUGGUGGUUGUGGUGGUGGUGGUGGUGGUGGUGGUUGUGGUUGUGCGGUUGUGGUGCGGUUGUGUUUGUGGUUGUGGUGGUGGUUGCGGUGGUGGUUGUGGUGGUGGUUGUGGCGGCGGUUGUGGCGUUGGCGUGGUGGUCUCAGUCAUCUGCAUGCUGUGCCGCUGAAGGAUGUUUCGGAUAGGAUUUGA